AUGGCCGCCACAAUCAAGCUCUACACCAACCACGCCUGCCCUUGGGCUCACCGUGCUCAUAUUGCCCUUGCUGAGCUGGGUAUCCCCUUUGAGGAGGAAAUCAUUGACCUCUCUGUCCCUCGCACGGCCGAGUACCUGGCCAUCAACCCCCGCGGACUUGUUCCCAGCCUGUCCUACAAUGGACAAAUCAUUACAGAAUCUGCGGUUGUUUCCCAGUUCCUCGCUGAUGCGUAUCCCUCUCAUCUUGUGCCUACGGCCGGAACGCCCGAUGCUGCUCUCCAGCGCGCACGACUCAACUUCUUUGUCGACACGUAUUUUACAAAAGUCAACGGUCUGAGUAUGAAGGUAGCCUUUGCCAAGACGGACGCCGAGGCUGAAGAGGCUGCGGCCGAAUACGUCAAGCAGCUUGUCAAGGAGGUUGAGCCACUGCUGACCGAUGCGGCCCCUUACUUUGGAGGAAGCAAGACUCUGACACUGGCCGAGGCCCUUACUGGUUCGUUUCUGCUGAGACUGUUUGCGCUGCCCAAACACGGCGUCGUGACGGACAGCAUCGUCAAGGAGCUUCCCACCAAGGCCCCCAACUUUUACAAGUGGGCAUCCAAGGUGAUUGAGCACCCCAGCGUUACGGGCAUUUGGGACGAAGAAAAGAUCGUUGCUGGAACAAAGGCUCGUCUGGAGAAGCUCAAGGCCCAGGCUUAA